AUGGGAUGAGAUUAUCACUGUCUGCAAUUUUGACUAUUACGUUUAAAUGAACGAAACCCAUUUGGAGCGCGGGAAACGUCAAACAGCUACAGUGGGAAAUGGCAUCAUCGUUCUCUGCCGAUCUCAUCCCUCGCAAAGAUAUCGUUCAAAUCCUCUCAGAGUAUCAGAUUGCAAACCUCAGAGAAGAGGAUCUCAUUAACCCAAAUUCUGAUCUCGUUACUGCUCUCUACAUGAACAUUCUGGUCUACAUCGAUCCUCUCCAGGAGGAUCACGGACAAGUAGAUUUCAGUGCUUUGGAGCAGUUGGAGAAUCCAGAUUAUCAUGUUGAUUCGGUUCGGGCCUCGAAUUUGUUCCGCAAGAUGACGGAACUAGUGGAUGCGGUUAGUUGUCCAAUAAAUUUCAUCUUCAGGGACCUCGUAAAGCCGGAUACGCACCGCACAACUGCGUUCCUGAGUGCCAUACUUAAUUUCUUCCUUUACAGGACAACAAAAUUGAAUGACAUUCAAAAAGUUUUUGAUCAAGUGAAUUUUGAUGAAGUGCGGCGGCAGGAAUUGGAGACACAGAUUUCACAGAAGAACAUGGAAAUUUUGGAGCACAGAGAAGCAAGAGAAAGAGAGCAACCUUUAGUUCUGGAAGUAGAUGCCCAAGUCAAAGAGUUACGUCAGAACAUUCAGGGUCUCAACAAUCACCAGAUGUCAUUAAAGACUUCUUUUCGAACAUUACGGGAGAAGACCAAAGAAAUAGAUGAAAAGAUUUCCAAUGCUGAGUUUUUAUUGCUACAAAGUGCACAAGAAAAUGCUAAGCUACAAUCUAAAAUUGUUCAAUCUCCGGAGAAACUUCAGAGGGCUCUGGAGGAGAAAAAAUCAAUUCAGGCUGAGGUGAAGAACUCAGAAAGAUCAGCAAUGCAAUCUUUCCAAGAGAAAACUUCCACUGUUGAGGUGUAUUCAAAGGCUCAUAAGAAAAUGUCCAAGAACUUUACUCAGAUGCAGGAAAUACAAGAACAGGUUAACAAAAGCAAGACAAUUGAUAAAGAUGUUAAAGUUAUCAAGUUUAAGUUUAGUGAGGAUGAAGAGUCAAUCAUGUCUCUUGAGGCAAAGCUAGUUGAACGGCAAAGAAAAGUGGAACAACAGGAGUCGUCCAGAAAGGCAUUAGAGAAAGAGAGAGACCUGAAACGUGAGGAAGUUAACAAGGAGUUAAAUCAUGUGAUUUUGGACGUGGAAGCAAAGAAGCAUGACCUACAAGAAAGACAAAGGAAAAUUGAAGUUAUGGUAGCAGAGGGUGAUGAUAUAACUUUGAAAAUCAAUUCAGCAAAGGAGACAUCAGCAGCUAUGCAACAAAAACUGGCUAAUAAAUGUGAGGAGAUUGUAAAUGAGUUUCACAAUUAUUCAAAUUCCAUUGGGGCCCAUUUGGUAGAGGUUUGAAGCCAAGCUGGUGAGAAUGCAGCUGAGCUCCAUGAUAUAAGCUGGUUAAUGCAGCGGAACUGCAUGAUACAGUACCCAAAUCUGCAAGUCUAGUUUGUUCUGCCGAUCAAUGAACUAUGACAUUUGAAUAUUUUCUUUUGUAUAUAUUCUUGUUUUCAUCAUCUUUACAAUAUUUGUAAGAAUCCUUGUUUUCGCUAUCUUAUAGUAGUACACGAAGUCAGACAUGAUGCAAGUAUGCAACAUGCUCAUGCUACACAGUUUUUAUGUGACGGACUCUUCCAGUAAACUGUAAAGGAUAUUAGAUGCGUUCAUUCAUCUUUAUAUGUGAAACUUGAGACAACUGCGAUUGUAACUGAA